UCAGGCGUCGGGCUGAGCGGACGCCGCCCGAGGGGCCCCUGCCCGCAGAGGCGCCGUCAACCCUCCUGCCCCGGAGAGCUGGCCUGACGUCCCCCGGCUCGCGGUACUCAGGCUCCACAGGUUCUUGCUUUUCCAAACAGAGAGGGCAGUGCAUGAAGCCAGGGGUCGUCGGCCAUGCUCCAGACAGUGUGGUCCCAGGAGCCAGUGACCUUUGAGGAUGUGGCCGUGUACUUCACCCAGAAUCAGUGGGCCAGCCUGGACCCCAUGCAGAGGGCCCUGUACCUAGAGGUGAUGCUGGAGAAUUAUGCAAACAUAACUUCCUUGGCAGCAUUGCCAUUCCCCAAACCAGAUCUGAUACUCCAGCUGGAGCAAGGGGAAGCACCAUGGGGCCUGGAUCCCUGGACACCCCUUGAUGGGGAGGCCCUGGGAGGUGUCCACAUAGGUGGUAAAAACAAGACCGAGCGUGAGGAGCAAAGCCCAAGACUAAACAUUUCUAAAGACUCAGCAGCCCAUAGACUGAUGGUGGAGGGGCUGCUCACAGAAGCUCCCCAGCACCCUCACCUUAAGGACAACUUAGGAAGGCCACAGCCAUGUGACGCAGGGGAGAAAACAAACCAAGGAGGUUUCACGGACUUGCUGGUCCAGGACUACAGAGCUCCCGUCAUCAAAAGGGAGGAGGCAGGUAGGAAGCUGGAAGGAAGCACCAGUGUCAAUACCCACCUCCUGUCAAAGCAGGGCCUCCCUGGAGGACUGGCAUUUUAUAAAUGUGGUGAGUGUGGCCGAUAUUUCAGCCAACAUUCAGACCUUUUGCAGCAUCAGAGGAUUCACACUGAUGACAAGCCCUACAAGUGCAGAGAGUGCGGGAAAGCCUUCAGGUAUAACUCAAAACUCUCCCGACACCAGAAAACCCACACCGGGGAGAAGCCUUACUUGUGUCAGGAGUGUGGACAAGCCUUCGGUCAAAAUUCCCACCUCCUUCAGCACCAGAAACUCCACGGUGGAGAGAAGCCCUUCGGAUGUCAGGACUGUGGGAAAACCUUCAGCUACAACUCAAAACUCAUCCGGCAUCAGCGAAUCCACACCGGGGAGAAACCCUUUCAGUGUAAGGACUGUGGGAAGGCUUUCCGGUGUCGCUAUGACCGAAUCGUCCAUGAGCGCACCCACACCGGGGAGAAGCCCUACAAGUGUCAAGAGUGCGGGAAAAGUUUCAGUUCAAAUUCAGUCCUCAUCCAGCACCAGCGCAUCCACACCGGGGAGAAGCCCUACACAUGUCGGGAGUGCGGGAAGGCCUUCCGCCGGAGCUCCGUGUUUCUCCAGCACCAGAGGCUCCACACUGGGGAGAAGCUCUACAAAUGCAAAGAGUGCUGGAAAACGUUCAGCUGUAGCUCUCGCUUUACAGUGCACCAGCGCAUCCACACCGGGGAGAAGCCCUAUGGCUGCCAGGAGUGCGGGAAGGCCUUCAAUCAGAAGGUCACCCUGGUCCAGCAUCAGCGGCUUCACACCGGGGAGAGGCCUUAUGAGUGCAAGGUGUGCGGGAAAGCUUUCACGUGGAGCGCAAGUUUCAUUCAGCACCAGAAGUUGCAUGCUCGCAAGAAGGCCACCCAAGUGACAGGGCCAGCCGCAGUUGGGCCCCACUGCCCUGCUUCUGGCCACCCCCCUCUGCCUGCCCAGCACCAGCGCUUUGCCCCCUCCAGGCCAGUGGCUGCCCCGCCUUCCCCACACCCCGCACUCCUUCCUCCCUCCCUGCCUCUCUUUGUGCUGCUCCCCUCGUCUGAAAUGGCUAGUUCUUCCCCUGUUCCAAUAGUGCAUUUCUUUCAGGAUCUCACUUCCCCUGGGAGCCUGAAUCCUUUGUCCCACUCCCCAUAAGCUCCCUCAUGUGCUCGAAAACCCACCCACCUAGAGUUACCAGUUUCCCUGGGCUCCUGACCAUGCCUGUGUUUGUCUUCUGAGCUCGUGGAGUCAUUAUUGUUUUCCCAACUCCAUUUGUGUUCUCACGUGUUAAGAACCAUGUUUGACUCUUCUCUUCCAACCCCUGGGUGGGAAAUGGUAGGAGUUCUCCUUUAUGAUGUCCAGUUUGGGUGUGUACCCAUCAGUCUGCACCUGCAUUCUCUACUAGACUUGGUAGAGUUUACAGAACACUUUGGGGCUUAGGGGUAUGGCAUUCCAAUGACAUGGCCUGUUGUGAUUCAAGAAAUAUGGGAGGAGGUAAGCAGAGAAAGUAUCCAGUGAUGGCUUUCAGGAAUUAAGGAGGGCCAUUUGGUGGGGCAGUAGCAAGGCACACUGUGUGGAAUCGGAGCCCAGGACUUCUUCUUAUCUCGAUAAUGACCAUGAUGAGGAUCCUGUGUAACUAAGCAAUAGACCAAGGAAAUAACCAGUAAAAAGAAUAUGAAGUGAUGAGUCAGCAUUGAUAGCAAGAAUGUAAAAUCAUGUUUCUAAACUUGAUUGGAAGGGGAUGUGGCUUUUCUGUUUGGGUUCCUUUUCUUUCCUGUCCACAUCCUUGUUUAAUUUCAGUGCCCACUCAAACAUGUAGGUACGAAAGUAUUUGGGCCUGUGCAGUAGAGGGCAGGUGCCUGGGUGUAGCCAUCUCUCAAUUACACGUGGAGUGAACCUUUUGGCAUCACACUGGUGAGCCUCUGAGGGAGGGAGAGAAAUCUGACCCUGACUUGCAGUAGCUCUUGCCUCAGAAGGGAGUUCAUAACUAAUCAUACACACACUCGGAUGUGUUCUCACACCUGUUCCACGUCCUCUCUGAUUAAAUCUGAAUUUUUGAGUCCUGAUACUUUUAAGUUAAUUUUAUAAUGAACUACUUUGAUAACACGAAGAAUUGUGUAUGGACACUAAUCUUUUUUUUUUUUUAGAU